UAACUAUAUAAUAUAUAUUCUAGUUCAAUUGUUAAUUUCUUGAAGAGGGAAAGUAAAGAAUUGGAAAAAUGGCUCCAAAACGCAAGGUGGUAUCGGUGAAGAAGAAGGUUGUAAAAGAGACAGUUCAAGUUGCUGUGGUUGAAACAAAUUACAGUAACCAAAAGGAGGCAGAAUUAUUAGAAGAUAUCACAACUACUACUACUACUACUACUACAACAGCUGUUGAAGAAGAUCAAGAGGAAGAGCAUUUAGUCAGGACUAUUCCUGUUGAAGAUAUUGAUAUUCAAGCUCAUCAUGAAAAAGAAACUACUAAAGAAGAUCAAGAAACGACACCAGCAAAACCGGCAGCUGUUCAAGAAGAGCCGCCCAAGGAAACCACUAUUUCCCCAAGUGCUGCUGCUACUACAACUACUGGUGAUCGUGAUCAUCAUGAUACGGAGAAACAGAAGGAAAGUAAUACUACUACGACGUCCAAGUACGAAUCGGCGGCGGAAGAAGAAGAAACUGAGGCCGGCGACGACGGCGAGACGGAGGAGACGAAGGAGAAGAAGGCGAAGGCGACGACGAAGAGGAGGAAGAGGAGGUCCAAAUCGAGAUUGGAUCAGGUGCAGGGAGGGACAGGAAGGGAGGAGUACAAGAGGUAUGUGCAUAAGGUAUUAAAGCAGGUGCACCCGGGGAUGGCGAUUUCAGCGAAGGCGAUGACUGUGGUCAACAACAUGAUGAUCGACAUGUUCGAGCGCCUCGCCGAGGAGGCGGCGCGGCUGUCGGCCUACUCGGGCCGGGCCACGAUGUCGUCGCGGGAGAUUCAGGGGGCGGUCCGGCUGGUCUUGCCGGGGGACCUUGGGAAGCACGCCAUUGCUGAGGGCUCUAAGGCCGUCACCAAUUACAUGUCCUCCAAUGAUCACGCAGCCAAGUAGGAAGGCUAAUUAAGACGUCCUUAGCUAGCUACUCUUUGUAGAACACAUGAGUUGGUGUUCUGGUUACUGGUAAGGUACUUAGGUUGCUUUUUUCUUUUCUGGUUUUUUUUUUUUUUUUUUUUUGAAUAACUGGUUCUUUGUUGU